CCGUUCGCCAUUGCUUUAUUAAAAAGGAAAAUCCAAGGGGGGGUAGAGAGGGGCGUUCCUGCAUAACUCUACUUAUACGCAUUAAUCCUUUUUGUGUCCCCGCUCUCUUGUCAAACUUCCUUUCACUUCUUUCUGGUCUGGCUACUACUUUUUGCCCUCUUUUACUUUCUUGCAAUCCUUUCAUCAUCAUGCUACGCUCACAGAAUGGCGCGCUGCAUCUGCGAGAUCCGUCGGCAAAGGCAAAAGCAACAAUACCACCCCGACGAAUACUACGCUGGUCCUUAGCCGGAUUGGUGUUAUUCGUCCUUGUAUCCAUACCAGUCUUGUUUCUAGCCAUACCCUUCAGCAGCAGCAGCCUUGUAACAUCCUCACUGAAUUCACGAGACGCCGAUUUCAUCCUUCGAUCACUGUGUAGCAACAAGUACGAUCCUACAGCAAACAAUGACAAUGACGAUAACCCAUUAUUACCACAACCUGAACACGCCAUGGUGGAUCAUUUAUUCGAUAAAGACGAAAUGGACAAUGCGUAUGGUACGACAACACCAUGGAUCGACGACGGUGUAUGGCAUCAUUUGCCCGUAAAAGGUGUAUUGUACAUGUUUGUAAGCAACGAAGAUCUGCAAAAGGCACGGAGUGCGAUCAAAAGCGUCCAAGACAGGUUCAAUCACAAGGCGGGUUACCCAUGGGUCAUCCUGAGCAAUCAAUACCUAAACCGGGAUUUCCGGAGAUAUUUGGCCAAGACUACGGAUGAUGCACCCAUCUUUUUUGGAAGAGUCGACCGCGAGACAUGGGAUUACCCGGAGUGGAUUCCAGCGUCACAAGCAGAACUUGCGUUGGGUAUGAUGGCGAACAACAAAGUCACCCAAGGGGCCAGUCCAUCGUUCCACUUUAGUGCACGAUAUCACGCUGGCUUUUACUUUCAUCAUCCGCUUUUACAGAAUGCAGACUACAGUUGGCGUGUCGAACCUGGCUCUCACUACAGUUGUGACAUGGUAGAUCCUUUCUUACAAAUGAAAGAGCGUAACAAGACGCUCGGAUUCGUCAUGACAAGCCAGGAAGAAAACAAUACCAUGACAAGCUUGUGGCCCAUCACAUCACAAUUCGCACUUCAAUUCCCCAACCAUGUUCGGCCCUCACACGAAACGAUCCUGCCAUGGUUAUUUGAUGACGUGGGUUCCUCCUCCGGUUUCAAUUAUUGCCAUAUUUGGUCCAACUUUCACAUUGUCGAUUUGUCGUUCUUACGAUCAGAGGAGUAUCAGACGUAUUUUGCAUUUCUGGAUUAUUCGGGUGGAUUCUUUUACGAACGGUGGAGUGAUGGAUCCGUAAUGACAAUGGCAGCAGCCAUGUUCUUGAAACGCCAAGAACUUCACUUUUUCCAUGAGAUCGGCUAUGAAUAUCGAUUGGGAAACCACUGUCCUUUAAGUUUGACGGCCUAUUAUCCACGUUGCUAUUGCGAUGUAGAACUAAAUUCAGAUUUCAAUAAGGACAGCUGCACGAUAAGCAUGCUGCUGCACAUUGACAAAGAUAGAAUUAGCGAGAUGGUGCAAUUUACACGUAACCAUCUUAGUAGUGCCGGUCGGACGGACUCGCUACUAAGUAGACUCUACGCCUAAUUUAGACACAUUUGUUAUUAUCCCAUAACUUUGAAGCAUUCUUGAUGUGUGAAAACCGCGCAUAUUUACUCUCCCUCUAUUCGCUUAUACAAUCGAAAUACCAUAGC